AUGGGGGACGGCCUGUGCGAGCUCGUGGUCGACGACCACUGCGAGCUCCGGCACCGCCUGUCGGGCGCUGAGGACCUCUUCAGCAUCAUCGGGACUACGUGGGAGGAGCGCACGAGCGGCGCCGGUGAUGGUGGUGGAGGUGGUUCUUCUGCGGCUAUGCUAGCAUAUAGCCAGAGCUCCACUGCUGGCGCCGUGGGGGCUAGGCCGUCUGGGAACAGCUGGAAGCGCACGGGCGACGAGGACAAAGGCAGUGGCGGCAGCGCUCCCGUGCAGAAGAAGCGCAAGGGUUCAGCGGUGACUGAUGAUGCAGCCGCUGACGAGGGGGAGGCGAAGAUGUCACACAUCACGGUGGAGCGCAACCGGAGGAAGCAGAUGAACGGGCACCUCGCCGUGCUCCGCUCGCUCAUGCCCUGCUUCUAUGUCAAGAGGGGAGACCAAGCGUCCAUCAUAGGCGGGGUGGUGGACUACAUCAAGGAGCUUCAGCAGGUGCUGCGUUCGCUGGAGACCAAGAAGCACCGCAAGGCGUACGUGGAGCAGGUGCUGAGCCCGCGGCCUGCUGGUAGCGCGUCGGCAGCCAGCCCGCGGCCUCUCGCCGUCGUCAAGUCCACGCCGCCGCUCAGCCCGCGUGUCGCGGUGCCCAUAAGCCCCCGGACACCGACCCCGGGCAGCCCGUACAAGCCUGCAGCUGCAUCCGGCGCGUCUGGAACUGGAAGCUGCAGGCUCCCAUACCCGGCCGCUGCAGCCUACAUGGCCGCGUCCUCGGCGAUAACGCCAACGUCGACGUCGUCGUCCUACUCGCACGAUCAGCAGCAGCAGCACUACUCCACGCAGACGACGACGUACCUGCCGACCUUAGACAGCCUCGUGACCGAGCUCGCCGCGCAGGCAGGCUGCAGGCCAGCGGCGGUCGGCCUCACCCUCCCCGACGUGAAGGUGGAGUUUGCGGGGCCCAACCUGGUGCUGAAGACGGUGUGUCACCGCGCGCCGGGGCAGGCGCUCAAGAUCAUCGCCGCACUCGAGAGUCUCUCGCUGGAGAUCCUUCACGUCAGCGUCAGCACAGUGGACGACACCAUGGUGCACUCCUUCACCAUCAAGAUUGGGAUCGAGUGCGAGCUUAGCGCGGAGGAGCUUGUGCAGGAAAUUCAGCAAACAUUAUUGUGA